GUCGUUUUGGUACAAAAUGUGAGACUUCCACCGGUGUCCAAUGCACCAGAUCCUUCAGUGUUGAAGGAGGAUCAGCAUGAGUGGAAAGCAGAAGUUGCCAGACCACGUCGUUGCUCCCGAAGGAACCAGCCUUUUCAGGACCAUCAACUUCGAGAGAUAUGCGAGACCCACAGGAGGCAUGCGGUUGACUGCUUACAUAGGAACGGCUGCUUUCCUGGGAUUCUUCGCGUACAUGGCCUACCAAAAGGAUUCUCUGUCCAAAGAGCACUCCUUGCAGGGACAGCAUCGCAGCCAGUGAACAGGCAGCGCGUGUUGAGCAUGGCAGACAACGUGCUCUAUGAUGAAUCCCAAUCAGAAAUCAUCGCAAAGGCUCAAGGGCAGAUUGAUACCGUGCGCAGCUGUGGCAAGCAGCUCAUUGAAGCGCUGGCAGCUGGUGGCGAACCUGCAGUCUUAUCUCAAAAGGUCACUGCUGUGACUUCAGCGGCUGAAGCCGCAAUUGCAGCUGCUGAUGCUCACGUUCAAGUCCUUGGCCCUGUGCUACGGGCCGCAUCAGAGCGUCCGGCAGAGGCUGAAAAGGCUGCUCGGGCAAAAGUCCUUCAGAAGCGCAAGGACGCUGGCCAUGCAGCUACACCAUCGUCAGACUUUGCAAACAAGUCUGAGAGCGAGGUGCUUGGACUCGUUGCGCAGAGAGUGUCCACAGCCACUGGCCUUCCAGUAGAGCUGAAGGGC